GCAGCAGUUUCAGAUCUCGCGGUGAUAGGAAGAUAACGCGGUACUUGGGGCACGCUCCAGCUCAGUGAAACGUCUUUCUCGAAAGGUAAAGCAGAACUAGCAGACACGCGGCGCGUGCUGCUGCAGAGAUUUAACAAACAUGGUUGUGCUCCGUGUGUUGUUCGAGCACGCGGCGGGCUACGCGCUGUUCGCCGUCAGAGAGGUGGAGGAGAUCGGAAUGCUGCUGCCACAGGUAGAGGAGAGCGUGCUAAGCGUCGCAAAGUUCAACAGCAUAGUGAACCUGGCCGCCUUCUUCCCCUUUAAGUCGGCCCAGACAGCCUUGGAGAAUAUGAACGCGAUUUCUGAAGGUGUGGUUCAUGCAGAUCUCAAGCUGUUUUUGGAGACAAACCUACCCCAAUCAGCAAAAAAGAAGGCUGUUUUGGGGGUUUCUGAUGCCAAAAUUGGAGCUGCUCUUCAAGAAGAAUUUAAUAUUUCCAUCCAGACUGGUGGCGUGGUGGCUGAAAUAACAAGAGGCCUGCGUUUGCACUUCCACUCAUUGGUGAAGGGUCUGACUGCCCAGGCGGCAUCCAAGGCACAGCUGGGUCUCGGUCACAGCUACUCCAGAGCUAAAGUCAAAUUUAACGUCAACAGGGCUGACAACAUGAUCAUCCAGUCCAUCGCUCUGUUGGAUCAGCUCGACAAAGACAUCAACACAUUCUCUAUGCGUGUCCGUGAGUGGUAUGGUUACCACUUUCCAGAGCUGAUUAAGAUUGUCCCUGAAAACUCCAUGUACUGUCGCCUGGCGCAGCUGAUUGGUAACAGAAAGGAGCUGUCUGAGGAGAGUUUGGAGAGCCUGGAGGAAGUGGUGAUGGACAGCACCAAGGCCCAGGCCAUCCUGGAUGCAUCUCGCUCCUCAAUGGGUAUGGACAUCUCUCCCAUCGACCUCAUCAACAUUGAGAGGUUUUCCAAUCGUGUCGUUUCUCUGGCUGCUUAUCGGCUGGGGCUGCAGGAGUACCUGCGCUCCAAGAUGAGCCAGGUGGCACCAAACCUGGCGGCCUUAAUCGGAGAAGUGGUUGGAGCUCGGCUGAUUUCUCACGCCGGCAGUUUAACCAACCUGGCCAAGUACCCUGCAUCCACGGUUCAGAUCCUGGGAGCAGAAAAGGCUCUGUUCAGAGCCUUGAAGACUCGGGGCAACACCCCAAAGUACGGUCUGAUUUUCCACUCAACAUUCAUUGGGCGUGCAGCCGCCAAGAACAAAGGCCGCAUCUCCAGGUAUCUGGCCAACAAGUGCACCAUCGCCUCAAGAAUCGACUGUUUUUCUGAGGUGCCAACGUGUGUGUUUGGUGACAAGCUGCGUGAACAGGUGGAAGAGCGACUGACGUUCUAUGAGACGGGUGAAGUACCGAGGAAGAACGUGGAUGUCAUGCAGGAGGCUAUGAAAGAGGCUACGGAUGUUGCAACAGAGAUCAAACGAAAACUAGAGAAGAAAGAAAAGAAACGCAAGAAGCGUGAGAAGAAGCUGUUGCAACUUGAAGCUAAUGGGGAAACGAAUAACGGUGAAGCUGAGUUGGAGAAUGAAGACACUGACACGCCUGUUAAAAAGAGAAAGAAGCAAGCAGCGGAGGAGGUGGAGGUCCAUGCUGAGGAAGGGAACGAAGCAGAGGAGGCUCCAUCCAAGAAAAAGAAGAAACGAAAAUCUGAGGCAGAGGAAGCCACAGAUGCCACCGAGACAGCGAACGCUUCAGCCAAAAAAAAGAAACAAAAGACUGAAACAGAGGAAGAAACCCCAGAGCCCGUUGUGUCUGAGAAGAAAAGGAAGAAAAAAUAGGAUCUUUAUGUUGAUCCAGACGUUCUGUACAUAUUUUUUAUUCAGGACUAGUUUAUAAAUGUAUCUUUUGUUCUUGCCCCCUCUAAACUGAUUAAACUUUUAUAAAUAGCCCCUCAA